CCACUUUUUCCUGCGGGACCCGCCCGCUCUCCUUUAAGCACUCCCUCCACUCUCUACUCUGCGGUGGAACUCACUGAUCACUCAACUCUCUAAUCUAAUGGCGUCUCAACGGCUUCUCUUCCUCUUCAUCCUCUUCUCCGCCAUUUCCUUCCGGAGCUUCCCCGGCUCCGCGCUCGCGGGCCUCCCCGGCUCGUGGGAGCUUCUGGUGGCAAACGCCGGGAUCGCCUCCAUGCACACCGCUGUCACCCGCUUCAACACCGUCGUCCUCCUCGACCGCACAGACAUCGGCCCCUCCCGGAAGCUCCUCCCCAAGGGCCGCUGCCGCCGUGACCCCAACGACCCCGUCCUCAAGAGCGACUGCUACGCCCACUCCGCCAUCCUCGACCUCGCCACCAACGCCAUCCGCCCUCUCAUGAUCCUCACAGACACGUGGUGCUCCUCCGGGCAGUUCCUCCCCGACGGCUCCCUCAUCCAGACCGGCGGCGGCCGAGACGGGUUCCGGAAGUUCCGGCGGUUCGAACCAUGCGGUCCUGCUGGGUCCUGCGACUGGGACGAGCUUGAUGACGUUGAGCUCUCCAACGGCCGGUGGUACGCGACGAACCAGAUCUUACCCGACGGCUCCGUCAUCAUCGUCGGCGGCAGGGGAGCCAACACCGUGGAGUUCUUCCCGCCUAAGAAAGGCGCCGUGUCAUUCCCAUUCCUCGCCGCCGCUGAAGACAAACAGAUGGACAACCUGUACCCUUACAUCCACCUCCUCCCCGACGGCAACCUCUUCAUCUUUGCCAACGACAAGGCGGUCUCGUACGAUUACAAGGCCCACAAGGUGGUGAGGAACUACCCGCCGUUGGAAGGGGGCCCACGGAAUUACCCUUCGGCCGGGUCCUCUGCGAUGCUGGCCCUCACGGACACUUACUCGACGGCCGUAAUUGUGGUCUGCGGAGGAGCUCGGUAUGGCGCGUUCAUUGAGAAAAGCACCGACAGCCCAGCCCACGGGAGCUGCGGUCGGAUAUUGGCGACAUCAGCCGACCCGAGGUGGGAGAUGGAGGACAUGCCAUUCGGGCGGAUCAUGGGCGAUAUGGUAAUUCUACCGACCGGGGAUGUCCUCAUCAUUAACGGGGCAGAGGCCGGGACCCAAGGGUUCGAGAUGGCAUCUAGCCCGUGCCUCUAUCCGCUUUUGUACCGUCCCGACCAGCCGGCGGGGUUAAGGUUCAUGACCCUGAACCCAGGCACGGUUCCCCGUUUGUACCACUCCACGGCAAACCUCCUGCCCGACGGGCGGGUCUUAAUUGCGGGCAGCAACCCUCAUUACUUCUACAAGUUCAAUGCGGAGUUCCCGACCGAGCUGAGGAUCGAGGCCUUCUCGCCCGAAUACCUGUCACCGGACCGGGCCAAUAUCCGGCCCGUCCUGGAGGAAGCCCCCACAAAGGUGCGCUACGGGGAGGCAUUCAGCGUGCGCAUGUCGGUAACUUUGCCUGUGGUGGGAAUUGUGGAGGUGAACUUAAACAGUGCACCUUUUGCCACGCAUUCAUUUUCUCAGGGGCAACGGCUGGUCAAGCUGGGCGUGACGGCCCCAGUCUUGGAGGAUAACGGCCGAUACCACAUCGGGUGUACGGCACCACCGAGUCCGGUGGUGGCACCACCUGGCUACUACAUGGCAUUUGCAGUAAAUCAGGGUGUGCCAAGCAUAGCUCGGUGGAUACAGCUGACGAAGUAAUUGUAUAUUUAAUAUAUAUUUUCAGGUCGAGCAUACAUACAUAUAAUUAACUAGAAGUUUUUUUCUUUGUUUUUUAUUUUUAUUUUUGACCAAGCAAGUAUAAAUCUUAGAGAGAUAUCUAUCUAUCGUAAUUGUGUGAAGGUGAAGCCUGAAGGAAUAGAUCAAGUAGGGGACCCCAUUAUAUAACGAGAAAGGGCAAGACAGAAAAGGGGCCCUUUGGGACAUUGUUGUUUUGUAUAGGGAAUUCAGCAAUAUAAUAAAAUUGCAGUGUCCGCUGCUUUAGCAAGUCA